AUGAGCACCUCAAGCCGGUCUUUCAAGAACGAGAGUAACCCAUUGGAGCGGGCCAACAGCCAUGAAGAGCUUAUUGCAUCAUUGACCCGUAUCAACACCUUCAACCCGCCCAUCCAGACAUGUUCGACAGGCUGGACUUUCCAUGGCCUCUACUACGGGCCGACAUCGAUCGCCUACCUCUUCCUUCGCCUGUCUCAGCAUUAUCCAGACUUGAUGUUCAAGGGGCAAUCCCUCCGAGACUGGGCAGAAGCAUAUCUCGAUCUCAGCCAUGGACAACGCGAGAGCGUUGACUCGAACCAUUGUGGAAUUGCAAAUGAAAUGCUUGCACAGCUAGCCGUCCGCGCAGUGAUGGCAGAGGAUCCCAGUCUCGCGCAGAAGCUAUGCUCCUAUGAGGCUGUCAUCAAUGACGCUUCCGGAUCCGAUGAAUGGCUGUAUGGCCGGUCUGGCUAUCUGUACCUCCUGCGCCUGGCCCGUUCAGGCUUCGAAGACGACUCGAAGGUCACGAUUCCUGUUGAUAAGGCGAUUCACACAACGGUUCGAAGAAUCCUGUCCACGAAACAGCCCUGGACAUGGCAUGGCAAAUAUUAUCUCGGUGCCGCACAUGGCUCGUUUGGUAUCCUUUGCCAACUCGUUCUUUCGUCCCCUUCUUCAGCAGAAUCCGUCCAACCCAUCCUCAGUCAAAUACUCGACACCCAGUUCCCUACCGGCAAUUUCCCCUCAUCCUUGCCACCGGGUUCAGACAGACUCGUUCAAUUCUGUCAUGGAGGCCCGGGUGCAGUACUCGCAUUGAGGUCCGUUCGACCUUAUUUUCCCGACCUACGAGACAGAAUCGAUUGCGCCAUUGCCGCUGCGCAAAGGGAUGUCUGGAAACGUGGCGUCUUGACAAAGCAACCAUGCUUGUGUCAUGGCAUCGCCGGAAACGCUCUGGCUCUUGACGAUGACGCUGAAUUCCAGCAUUUUGUGGCUUACAUGGCCAGCGCCGUCCUGGAGAAUCAAGGCUGGCUAGAUGAAGCAGGUCGAGACGACCAGCUUGUUGGCCUUUACACCGGCGAAGCAGGUAGGGCGUGGGUCUGGGCUGUGGCCGACAAGAAUUUGCAGAAGACUUGUAUUGGCUUCAACGAUGUCUAA